AUGGCGCCCCAGCACAUCCGCAUUGUUUCUGGCCAAACCGGACACCUCCUUGCUCUUGAUGGCCCAGGGACUUCUCUGAUCAGCAAAGCCCUGGACAAAACGAACCCAAGCAGCUCGCAGGUGUUCAUGUUCGAGAUCCAGCCCUCGGGCUACGCGACCAUCCAACUCCAGCAGCCAGGUCAGACGAAGCCGAAGUAUCUGGCGUACGACGCAGCCAGCAAUACGAUUGGUAUCAAAUCAUCUGCGUGUCUUUGGCUUGCGUCAAAAGACCCUACGACAUCAUCCCUGUGUUUCAAGACCACGGACGGGAGGAAGUGCUUGUCGAUACAGGGGGAUACGCCCAAAUGCGUUCCAUUCACUGGCGCUAGUUCCCAGCGUUGGUUUGGGUUUUCGACCAUUGAAAAUCAAGAAAUGGUUGAUAAGGUGAACGAGAUCGAAGCUGCUAACCGUCCUAAGCCUCUGAAGGCCAACGAUCGUGACAACGGCAAUGGAGGCGCUGGUGCAGUUUCCAACCCCAAGCCUAAGCCUCAUAAGGCCAACAGUAGCAACAACCACAACGCGGGUUCUGGUGCUGGUUCUGGUGCUGGCUCCAAUCCUCAGCCUCACAAGGGAAGUGAUAGCGACAACCACCAUGCAGGCGCCGGUGCUGGCUCUCAUCCCCAACCCCACAAGGGGAAUAAUAGCGACAACCACCACGCAGGUGCGGGUGCAGGGCCCAAGAAUGGACAGGGCAGUCGCAGCCGUCACGGAAAAGACGACGACGGCUCUCAGCACCAUCGCCACCAUCACCGUCAAAAGAGCAGUGAGGAUGACGACGAUGACGACGACGACGACAACUCCCGGAAGCACCGCCAUCACCACCACCAUGGCAGCGGUGACAGCGACAAAGAGGACGAUAGCCAUUCCCACCACCACCACCACCACCACCAUCAUCAUGACCACCAUCACGGCAGUGGCACGGCGCCCCAGAACAUUCUAAGCUCCUACACGCCCGCCGCCACCGGAAACAUAUGCGGCAACCCCCAGUGCGGGCGGAGUUUCAUCUGCGCUGCGGAUUACAAUGCACGGGUGCAGCCAAUGGGCUUUCGGGGUGUCUAG